AUGGUAACUAUUGUUGUAGAUUAUGCUGCAAAAUUUGAUGCCUUAGUCCGAUAUUGUACUCAUUAUCAUGGUGAGGGUGGUGAACGGGCUAAAUGUAUUAAGUUUGUGAACGGCCUUCGUCCUGAGAUAAAAAUAGCAAUUAAUUAUCAAGAGAUUUAUCACUACCCAACCCUUGUCAACAAGAGUAGAAUUUAUGACCGUGACAAUCGUGCACGUGCUGUCUUUUACAAGGGAGCUGGAGGUCCUAUUCGUGCGUUGAAUUCGAAUACUUCUGGUAGGAGUAAGCCUUACUCUACUCUUACCAGAUCUCAAGGGAAUAUGACUGCUGCCAAUAGAAGUAAGCCAUCCACUGUGAACACUACUGGCAGUAUUGGAGGAUCUAUGUCUAUUUCUUCAGGAAGAUGUGGAAAGUGUGGGCGGAUCGGUCAUAAUAAAUCAGAGUGUCGUGAUAGGGAGGUUACUUGCUUCAACUGCAAUGGUAAAGGACAUAUCAGUACUCAAUGUCCUGAACCACCAAGAACGUGUGACAUUAGAUCGGGAUCAUAA